UGGAACAUUCGUUAAUUCCCGCGCAUUAAAAUCCGAUUGAGAAAGGGGCAGCAGUAGUUGGUCAAGGACAAGACAACUUGGAUAGCAUCUGCUGGAUGAAGCGUCGGUGUCGAUUCAGUUUGCUUAAUUCUUUCUAGGUGGAGGGUGUCGUUGAGUUGAGAGGAGAUACGGGGGGGAUUGACCGACCGGAAAAUGAGCAAAGCCGCGGAGGUCGAGGAGUGCGUUGAUUACAGAGAUUCCAAAGCAAACGUGGAGGCUCGUAUCAAAGACCUGCUCCCUCGGAUGACGUUGAAAGAGAAGGUCGGCCAGAUGACCCAGAUUGAACGCCGCGUCGCUACCCACGAGGCCAUCAAACACCUCUCCAUCGGGAGCAUACUUAGUGCUUGUGGCAGUGGACCCUUUGGGAAAGUGAAAACAGAGUCGUCCCAUUGGGCCGAUAUGGUUGACGGGUUUCAGAAGUCGGCCCUCGAGUCACGGUUAGGGAUACCGCUCAUAUAUGGGAUUGAUGCGGUUCAUGGUAACAAUAAUAUACAUCGUGCCACCAUAUUUCCUCACAAUAUUGGCCUUGGAGCUACCGGGGAUGCAGAAUUAGCUCGAAAGAUUGGGGAAGCAACUGCUCUUGAAGUUAGAGCAAGCGGCAUUCAUUAUACUUUUGCUCCUUGUGUGGCUGUAAGUGUUGAAAAAGUUUGCAGAGAUCCCAGAUGGGGAAGAUGCUAUGAAAGUUACAGUGAAGACACUGAAAUUGUUAGAAAAAUGACUUCCAUUGUCACAGGCUUGCAGGGCCAGCCACCUCUUGAACACCCAAAAGGCUAUCCUUUUGUGGCUGGGAGAAACAAUGUUAUUGCUUGCGCAAAGCAUUUUGUAGGAGAUGGGGGUACUGCAGGGGGAAUAAAUGAGGGUAAUACCAUAUUAUCAUAUGAGGAAUUAGAGAGGAUACAUAUGGCACCAUAUCUGGACUGUAUUUCUCAGGGAGUUUCCACUAUUAUGGCAUCCUAUUCUAGCUGGAAUGGGCGCAAACUGCAUGCUGACCAUUUUCUCCUGACAGAAAUUUUAAAAGAUAAGCUAGGUUUCAAGGGUUUUGUAAUUUCUGACUGGCGUGGACUUGACCGACUUAGUGAACCUCGUGGCUCAAACUAUCGUUACUGCAUUUCCUCUGCCAUUAAUGCAGGAAUAGACAUGACACAGGUGAUGGUGCCUUUCAGAUAUGAACCACUCGUGGAGGAUUUGACAUUUCUGGUUGAAUCAGGGGAGAUACCAAUGGCCAGGAUUGAUGAUGCUGUUGAACGUAUACUUAGAGUGAAGUUUGUUGCCGGUCUUUUUGAAUUUCCUUUCGCUAGUAGAUCUUUGCUCGAUACAGUUGGUUGCAAGUUGCACAGAGAUUUAGCACGUGAAGCAGUCCGCAAGUCUUUGGUUCUUUUGAAAAAUGGAAAGGAUCCCAAGAACCCUUUUCUUCCAUUAGAUAGGAAUGCUAAAAGAAUCCUUGUUGCUGGAACACAUGCUGAUGAUCUCGGGUAUCAGUGUGGCGGGUGGACAGCUGAUUGGAAAGGAAGCAGCCACAGCAUUACAAUUGGCACAACGAUCCUGGGUGCUAUUAAAGAAGCAAUAGGGGAAGAAACAGAAAUAGUUUAUGAGAAAUAUCCAUCAGUAGAGACCUUAGCACGUCGAGAUUUCGCUUUUGCAAUUGUAGCUGUUGGCGAAGAACCCUAUGUAGAGACACUUGGUUAUAAUUCAGAGCUUAUAAUCCCCUUGAAAGGAGCUGACAUAAUAAGUGCAGUCGCUGACAGCAUCCCCACAUUGGUGAUUCUGGUAUCUGGAAGACCCCUAGUCUUAGAGCCAUGGCUUUUGGAUAAGAUACAUGCUCUGAUUGCUGCUUGGUUGCCUGGAAGUGAAGGCGGAGGAAUUGCUGAUGUUGUCUUUGGGGAUCAUGAAUUCGAGGGUCGACUCCCAGUGACAUGGUUUAAACAGGUUGAGCAACUACCUUUGCAUGCUGGUGUCGAUUCACAUGACCCUUUAUUCCCACUAGGCUUUGGGUUGACAUGCACUAAGAAGAAGUCUCCGAACUGAUUUAGUUAUGUAAUCAAGGUCGGUUCAAAAAAUAAGAGUUUCUCAUAAACACUUGAGGAGAAACAGUGUUUAUGGAAACAGUGUUUAUGAGAAACAGCUGGCUCAUAGAUUUUCCACUGGUAUGAAAGUUGUCUGUACUCCAUGUAUUUCUUAUUCUACCACAGGCCAAUUUCUACUGGCUUCUAAUUAUAAUUAUUGUCAUAUAUAGAGUGCAUGGGGGAACAGAUCCAUCCGUUUUGUGGAAGUUAUAUUAUGGUUUGCUGAAUAAGCUUAAGUUGUUUGGCCU